AUGCUCUUCAUCGCCUCAGGCAUUAGCGCUAAACUCCUUUUGGCUGAAGUGGCCUCCCUAUGGCGCGCCGCAACGCGAACUCCAGAAACCGAAAUCUUAAAGCUUUCAACCCAGCUCGCCCUCACCCCUCACCCACCUUUCUCAUCUCCGCAAUUUUACAUCUAUAAGCUCCGUCAUAGCUUCGACAACAUCUACCUGGACCUCUCAAAGCAGCCUGGAAAAUGCAAGCUUGCUGAGAGUGGUCUGGGCUGGCGCCCGUCCGGUGGUGGCGAUACCUUCACUCUCGACAGCAGCAACAUCGGUGCAGCCCAAUGGAGUCGCGCUGCGAAAGGCUUUGAGCUGAAGAUCCUGUCGCGAUCGUCUGGAGUGAUCCAACUGGAUGGAUUCGAUCAAGAGGUAAACUACGCCGAACAUUUUGCGACCAUUGACCUAAGACUGACAACCCAAAAGGACUUUGAGCGACUGAGCAAAGCAUUCAAGAUUUGGUACGGCAUUAACGUGGAGACCCGCGAGCACGCACUUCGAGGAUGGAACUGGGGAAAGGCAGAAUUCACAAAAGCAGAGCUGGCCUUUAACGUCCAAAACCGACCCGCCUUCGAAGUCCCUUAUUCCGAAAUCUCAAACACCAAUUUGGCUGGAAGGAACGAGGUCGCCGUUGAGUUUGCACUCCCUACUGGCGACGGAGGCGAUGCCGUGACAAAGCCUGGAAGCACAAAGAACCGAGGCCGCAAGGCUGCUGCAGGCCCCGACGAGCUGGUCGAAAUGCGAUUCUACAUUCCCGGAACGGCCACGAAGAAGGAGAAGACAGAAGGCGAAGGCGCCGAGGGCGAAGAAGAAGAUAACGAGGAAGGGGCUGAGGAGCAGAAUGCUGCCAACCUCUUCUACGAGACACUUAUGGACAAGGCCGAGAUUGGAGACGUCGCCGGCGAUACCUUUGCUACAUUCUUGGAUGUUCUUCAUCUCACGCCCAGAGGUCGCUUCGAUAUUGACAUGUACGAAUCGUCCUUCCGGUUGCGCGGAAAGACAUACGACUACAAGAUUCAAUAUUCGGCCAUUAAGAAAUUCUUCCUUCUUCCCAAGAAUGACGAUACCCACACUCUUAUUGUCCUUGGUCUUGAUCCUCCUCUGCGACAGGGUCAGACCCGUUAUCCUUUCCUGGUUAUGCAGCUCAAGUUGGACGAGGAGAUUAGCCUUGAGAUGAACAUGACAGAGGAUAUCUUGAACAGUCAGUACAAGGACAAGUUGCAGCCCCACUAUGAAGAGCCAAUCCACCAGGUCGUCACCAAGGUUUUCCGUGGCUUAUCUGGAAAGAAGGUCAUUAUGCCUUCUAAGGAUUUCUCCAGCCACCACGGUCACCAAGGCGUCAAGUGCUCAAUCAAGGCCAACGAAGGUCUCCUAUACUUUUUGGAUAAGAGCCUCAUGUUCGUUCCCAAACCCGCGACCUACAUUCAAAUGGAGAACAUCGCGAUUGUCACAAUGUCGCGUGUCGGAGGCGCUGUUUCUGCCAGUCGAACCUUCGAUAUCACUGUUAGCCUGAAAGGUGGCUUGGGUGAACAUCAAUUCAGCAAUAUCAACCGCGAGGAACAAAAAUCCCUCGAGGACUUUUUCAAGGCUAAGAGCAUCCGCAUCAAGAAUGAGAUGGCCGAAGAGGCUUCUGGACUUAUUGCUGCUGCUCUUGACAACGCUGCCAUGGGCUCCAGCGAUGAUGAAGUGCGAGCUGAUCGCGGAUCAGCAGAUGAGGACGAGUCGUCAGUCGACGAAGACUUUGCUGGUUCUUCAGAAUCUGAUGUGGCUGAGGAAUUCGACUCUGAUCACGAGAGUAGUGGUGAUAGCGAUGAGGAGAUGGGUGAUGCUUCCGGUGGAGAGGGCGACAAGCAAGAGGAUGAGCCUCCUAAGAAGAAGAGCAAGACGUCUAAUUAG